CUGAGCGCCACGACGCUUGUAGCGGCGCGCCACGACGCCUAUCUACAGUGUGCCAACUUCUGUCAGACAGUACACGUCGCUCCGUCACGACUCCGGAUACAUACACAUCUUCACGCAGGAUGCGUGCCGAGAGAGGCAAGGAGAGCAACCUGCAUCGGAUCCAAGAGUCGCCAUUACCAGAGUUAGAGUUGGGAGAUCAGUAUGAGGUCGAGAGGGAGCUGGGAGAAGGUUGCUUUGCUCGAAUCAUUCUGGCGAACCACCGUCAGACUGAUACAAGCGUCGUACUUAAAAUGAUCCACACAGAACUUACUACACUCAAAGACUUCCACCGGGAGUUCCACUACAGCUACCAUCUCAGUCCUCACCCUAAUAUCCUGUGCUCGUACCCAGUGGCUUUCAAGGCGGCCGACUGCUGGGUGUUCGCGCAGGAGUACGCCCCUUUGGGCGACCUCUCCGGCGUCGUGAGGGCGGGUGGAGUCCCUGAGAACUCUUGCAAGAAAGUGGCCCGUCAGUUGAGUUCUGCUCUGGAAUUCAUGCAUUCCAAACAACUGGUUCACAGAGAUAUCAAGUUGGAGAAUAUCCUCGUUUUCGCUCCGGAUCUGAGCACAGUCAAGCUAUGCGACUUUGGAGAGACCAGGAAAGAAGAUAGCUCCUCACCACUGCACACUCCCCAAACUUCUCAUCCAGUCUCUGGGCUGUCUCCUAGACCCGCCUCGCAGCUUAGCACCCAGUCCCACACCCGGGAGGUCAUCACUUGUGGGUCCAGGGUGGUGUCCCAGGCCGUAGUAUGCUCAGCAGCUUCUUGA